AUGCACUCCAAACGCCUUCCUCAGCAAACUGCUAUGGUGCUGGGAGAUGUUGACUUCUUCCUGGAGGUGAAAAGCACUCACUCUCCCAGGGUGUCUAUCCUUAGGGAGGUUAACACAACCCUGAACUAUUCCUUCUUAACUCCUUGUGGGGAACUAGCUGAGCAUCAGAUGGAUGCUCUUCCUGGACAGGAGAAGGGCUCAGCCUUGAAAAGGGAGCAGGGAAAUGAGGUCUGGGUGACUGUCAAUGCCAUCUCUGUGGAAACCCCACAGGGUGUUCUUAAGGCUGCCCGGGGGAAGAGUGUUACCCUUCCAUGUACCUACCAGACUUCUGCCUCUGACCGAAAUGGAUUUAUCCAAUGGGACAAGCUUCUAAGGACCCACACGGAAAAGGUGCUCAUCUGGCAAUUUUUGGAGAAAAGAUACAUCUAUGGUGAACUUUAUAAGAACCGUGUCAACAUAUCAACAAAUGCUGAGCAAUCAGAUGCCUCCAUCACUAUUGAUCAGCUGACCAUGGAUGACAAUGGCACCUACGAGUGCUCAGUCUCACUGAUGUCAGACAUGAUGGGCACCUCUCAGUCACGUGUCCGGCUUUUGGUCCUCGUGCCGCCCUCCACGCCCGACUGCGGCAUCGAGGGAGAGACCGUGAUCGGGAACAAUAUCCAGCUGACCUGCCAGUCGAAGGAGGGCUCUCCGGCUCCUCAAUACAGCUGGAAGAGCUAUGACAUCCUGAACAAGGAGCGGCCAGCCGCACCAGUCAUAGGCCAGACCUUCUCUCUGAAGAACAUCUCCACAGACAUGUCGGGUUAUUACAUCUGUACAUCCAGCAAUGAGGUGGGGAUGGAGUCCUGUAACAUCACUGUGGCUGUCAGACCUCCCUCCAUGAAUGUGGCAUUGUAUGCGGGCAUCGCGGGGGGCCUGGCCGCCGCCAUCAUCAUUCUUGUCAUCAUUGUCUACUGCUGCUGCUGCCGGGGGAAGGACGAGGCUGAGGACACCAAGCUGAGUCAGGUGGCCUACCAGAAGCCUUCAGAGCAGGUGAGAGAGCCUCCCACAGAGCCGGAAGAGGAGGAUGACUACAGGCGAGAAGACGAGAGGAGCACUGGGCGGGAGUCCUAUGGCCACGCUGACCGGUGACUGGAGCAUGCUGCAGGCUGUGGUGGAGGGGAGAUUGGUGUCAUUUCUCUGCCUCUGCCUCCCCUCUCCUUGCCCCAUUUUUCCAGCCCUCCAUUCCAGUCACUGAUGGGAUGCUUCUUCCCUAUGUCAUCUGCUGGAGGACUUGGCUAAGGGGAUCUUGUGACUGACUGCCAAGUGCCCUCACCCACAAAGUGAUCCCUUCCUACUCCCCUGCCUAGCUCACAGCCAGGCCCUCAGCCUGGACCAGGCCACAGCCUCAGCUUCCUCUGCAGCUGGGAGGCUCCCAGAGGCAUAGGAUGGAGCCUGCGUACUCCUGGUUGUGAGUGGUCUGAAAUCUG